CUUUAAUGCUUUGCAUACUCGCUAGUUAAGAAUCAUGGUAAAUACUCUAGCAAGAUCAUUUUUCUUUUAUAACAUAUGGUGCAUAAUUGGUAAUUUGACUCCAAUUAACUCGUUGCACACCUGUGUCAAUAACAACACUGAAACCAAUGACGGAACGGAAAAUUGUAAAUAUAAGGGCUUACGUUACACAUCAUAUAAGGAGUUCCUUUGCUGGGCAAAGAGUGGUGAGCUGCAUAUUCGCGAGUGCGAUAACAUCUCUGGUGAUUGGCUUCCAAAAACAGUAAACUGUCAUGUAAAACAAAAUAAAAAUAAAUUUUGUCCGGAUGAUCUUUUUGAAGUUAAACAAAAUGACGACGACCCAAUUUGUUUAAAAAUUUCCACUAAGCCGGAAGCUUAUAAUGAAACCUUUUGCUACGGUUCAAAUAAAAUAAUACCAUUGGAUCUAUCAUCAUCUGAAAUGACCACAAUUAUACUGUUCUUAAAACAAAAAAGAAUUAAUGAAUACUGGUUGCCAAUAAAACGGAGCAAUGCUUUCAUGCCAUUCAUGAUAAAUUUGCCAGGAAAAAGAUGGCAAAAAGUCAUUGACGAACACCUACUACCAGAACAUUUGAAAUCAGAUCUUCACUGCCUAACACACAACCUAGACAGAUUAAAAAUUGAAUUGAGAGAUUGCAAGAAAUUUUUACACAUGGUCUGUGCUUUUAAAAGUAGUCUUUUAUCUCACUCAGGGUGUCCAGAAGGAUUUGGUGCUUUAAGCUAUCGGCCAAAUGAAUGCUACGGUAUUAAUUGGAAGAAAAAAUCGCUUAAUCAUGUGCACAUCAGUGAAUACUAUGAAAAACAGAAUUCGAUUAGAAUUGUACUACAAGGGAUAAUUCCCCAAGAAAAAGAGAAUUAUUUUUUUAAGAUUGAUAGCUUUGUUGAUAGAUUUUCUGAUAAAUAUAUGGUAAUAAUGAAUAAAUAUGAAAAGACAAAAGUUUCCUAUGAAAACUCGAAAUGGUUUCCAGUAUUGAGUAAGCAGAUUAUAGAAGCACCAUCAGCAUUUUCAAUGAAAUUAAAAUUCGAUGAAAACUUACGCGAAUUAAUACUAGUGAUUUAUUACCGCAAUUAUCUAUGGACUAAUGAAUAUAACGACAUUGGUGUUCAAUGUUUUACUAAUGCAGGCUAUGAACUUUUAAAAAAAACUUCUGUUAAUCUUAUUUGGCAAAAUGAAAAAAAAACACGUUCCAUUUUUAAGCUAACUUUAUUUGGAGAUGGUCCUGGGGAGUAUUGGUGCGAAGGUCAUACAAUUUUAAAUUUUCAGUGGGUAUCCACACAACGAUUAAUAGCUUUUAAGAAUAUGCGCGGGCAUACUUUUGCUACGCGGUUAGAUAUCCCAUGCAUUUACAAAAAUAAUGAAAAAAUUGUUAAUUUUUGUAUUUACAUCAACAAAAGCACUAAAAUAUUUGGUAAAAUGAUACGCAAUUUUUUUGUGAAGAAAGCGAAAGAUAGUGUUAGUGAUCUUGUUAUACAUAACGUCCGUAUUAUGAAUAUUGAGAGCGUUACAAAACUGUCCAUGGUUUGUUGGUGUCAUAUAAUGGCACAACUAGAAAUAUCCAAUAAGAGUUAUGAAGAGGUAAGUGCGAAAGAUAUCUUUGAAAAUGUUUCGAAAAUUAGUGACAAUACGUUUUCAAGCAUUCGAGUAUACAAAAAACUAAUGAAAAUGAAUAGUGACUUAAUAACUGUAAUACGUAGUAUAGAAUACUGUUUCCCCGACAUUUUUUCGUCAAAUAACUUAAUGAAUAGUCAAUGGAUGCAGGUUCGUAGGGGAGAAAAAGGUACGGCACAGAUUUUAUGUCUCCAAAAUAAUGGUAUUCCAUAUACGAGACGUUGCGAAGGAGACUUUGUACAUGGGGCAUAUUGGGAAUUAUUAACACAAUCUAUUAAGUGUGAACAUGCUCAAGAUAUUACACAAAUUUUAUACAACCUGGAGAACACGCGCUUGAUUGAGCUAACACCAGAAAAGGUUGUACAAGAAGUUAAGAGCCUCAUUAAAGAUAACAAACAAAAAAUUGGUCCUGGCGAUGUAUACUUAAUUUCUAACAUCAUUCAAGUCUCUCUUCGGAAUCUUUCCAUUCCAAAUGUAGUCUGGUCUAAUGGAGUAGUUCCAGAGCUAGGUCAAAACCCUGCAAAGUGGAAAAGUCUAAUCCAUGACAUCAUAGAAAUCUACAAUAUCCUAACAGAUUUAGAUGUAGACGUAAUUAAUAGGUCAGCUGAUCUAAAUUCAACCAACAAAUUCUUAGAAACAUUUGAAAAUUCAAUGGAUACUCUAUCAUUCUUACAAUAUGUUGACCAAAAUAGCUUCGUUGAAGAAGAUAUUGGAUCUAAACUGGAUUUGGAAGUUAUCGACUAUGUAGACAUUGGUGUAUCCGUACAAUCUUCUCCAAAUUUUCUAUACUUUUAUAUUAAUCCUUUAGUAGCAAAUGUAUCUGGGAUAGCAUUAUUUAACAAUAAUAUCAGUGGUAAAGCUCCACAAAAGUUAAAAGGCAAAUUUUACAAUGAGGAUUACCGAUUUCUGCAAUCCAAUCAUGACAUUGAGGACUUUAUCCAUGAAUCAAAUUUACUACUUGCAACUUAUGUACCAAAACAACUUUUGAAUCGAUUAAAAACUUUUUCAACCAUAUUUAAUCAAAUAACUAGAAUCCCUCCAAUAGUGGUCAUUAAAGUAUACUCCAACGACAAGCUUUUUCAGCAGGCUAAUCAAACAAAAGCGGUUUCGAGCCAUAUUGUGUCAAUAUCCAUACCUGGAUACAAUACUAAUCUACCUGAGGCACUGCCGCUAAUUCUAAGAAGAUUGCACACUUAUCAUCAUCAUACUGAUUCAGAGCAGUAUUGCCACUACUGGAACUACGGUAAUUGGGCUACCGACGGGGUAAAAAUGUCUAAAAAUGUUGAAAUAAGCGAAGAUAUUGGGAUAUGUUUUUUAACACACUUGGCACCAUUUGCUUAUCUUGUAGGCGUUAACCUUACGUUUGAUAUGGAGAUUGAGUCGUACUCAAAGAAAAUUGAUGAUCGUGCUUUGGAUAUCAUAGCAGUGUUAGGCUGCUCACUAUCUUUGUUGGGAGUAUGUUGCAUUUUUAUCACAGUUUCAAAAUUGUACUAUUGGCGGCACAAUACUUAAUCUAAGGUUUUACUACAUUUGUCUUUAGCCAUUUCUUUGCAAAUGUUAAUUU